AUGGUGAUGUUCGACUACCUAGUUCGCUUCGUUGAUACUCAAGGAGGGGUUGUCUAUGGCAACCUCCCUCGGCUGACCUCACUGGAUGACCUUGUGGGAUCCAAGGUAGCAUUAUUAACCGGUGAUCCGUUGAAAGGAUUCCAAAAGACAGACCAGACUAGAACUGUGAAGGAGGUUCUCUGCCCUCUAGACUCAACACCCAUCUUCCAAUGUAUUGGAGUUAACUAUCCAUUACAUGCUCGCGAAGGAAAUGAUUUCAAAGUCCCCAGUCAGCCAAUUGUCUUUACAAAACCGGGAGACUCAAAAGCCGGUCCGUUUGACGACGUUUACUGCCAUCCAGAUGCACGACCAGAGUUGGACUAUGAGGGGGAACUCUGCUUUGUAUUUGGAAAAGACUGCAAAGACGCGACGGAAGAAACCGCUUUAGAUUACGUUUUGGGCUAUACAACAGGGAACGACCUCUCAGCAAGAAACUAUGUCCCCCAGGAGAUCUCUGGUUUUCAGAUGAGCUACGGAAAGUCGUUUGAUGCCUUCGCUCCGAUUGGGCCCUAUAUUGUGUCUUCUGCCAUUGUUGGAGAUCCACACAAGCUAGAUUUGGUCACAAAGGUCAAUGGUGAGGUCAGACAAAAGGACAAUACCUCAAGCAUGAUAUGGAGUAUCCCACAGAUUAUUGUGCACCUCAGCAGAGGUCGAACGGUUCGAGCGGGUACUGUAUGCAUGACAGGAACACCAUCGGGUGUAGGAUGGUUCAUGAGACCCAGCUGUUUCCUUAAAGAUGGUGACAUUGUGGAAGUCAGCGUUGAAAAGGUUGGAACAAUCAGAAAUAAAAUUGUGUUUUGA